AUGAGUGGAAGAUUGCCUUCGCUUAAGGAUUCUGGCGCUUCAAAGCCGUUGAAGUUUAAGCCUAAGGCCGUUGCGAGAAGGACAAAGGAGGAGCGAGAAGCUUCUGUUCCGAAAUUGAAGCCGGAUGAAGUUGAAGUGGAUAAGAAUAGGAGAAAGAGGGCGCCACCAACAGCCAACAAGAAGCGUGUGCCAAAAUACCUGAACAACACUCAUGUCAUAUCCAGUGGUCCGAUGGCUGCAGGAACGUACUCUUCGAACUCGGGUUCAAUGAAUCGAGGGUUUGGUUCUCCAAUUAUUAAGACUGAUGAGGAGACCUCAUCACUGAUUCAAAAGAGUCUGGAAUCCUUGGAGAAUGGAAACGGAGAUGAUGAAGAUGAAGAUAUGGAAGGACAAAGGACAAGGGCAAGAAAACUGAAUAUGGGUAAAGAAUUAAGCUACAAGCAGUAUAUACUACACGAAAAGGAAAUCGAGGAUGACGAUAACGAAGACGAUGUUGACUUAACCACUGCCGAAGGCGAAGCCACGGAGGAGUUGGAAACAAGAAGAAUUGAGCAAUUGUUCCCUGUACGUCCACUAAGAGUUAGACAUGAAGACACAGAAACGCUACAUAAGACUAUUCAGGAAACAUACUCAGAAAUAGCGACGCGAGAAGCUACACCGGCUCCACAAAGUGUUACUCAAAUCAAAGAGGAUCCAGAACACGCAAAUUCUUUGCAAGACGUAUUAGUGAAAAAAGAGAAUGAGCUCCAAAAUAAGUUAGAAGAACUGUAUAUAGAAAACGGUGUUGAUGGCCAAUCUAGGGAGCUAAACCUAGAGAAAAUCCAGAUACAGAACGACUAUAUUAAGAUCUUAAAGAACAUCGAAAAGAUAAACGACAAGCCAAAUAAGUUCAUGGUCUUCCAAUUGCCACCUAAGCUACCAGAGUUCAAGGUCAAACCCAGCAAACGAGAGGCAAACAAUGAACAAGCACCAACCAGUAUAGAUGACAAAUCCAACACAGAUGACAAGCCAGGUAAGAAAGCCAAGCAACAAGAACCUGAGCCAGAGUUAAACGGUAAGAUAGGCUCUUUGAGAAUUCAUAAAUCUGGUAAACUGACAAUAAAAAUUGGAGAUGUUGUAAUGGAUAUCAGCAGAGGUGCUGAGACAACAUUCAUUCAGGACAUUGUCAAAAUUAAUGAGCACGAAGAUACGAACCAAGAUAAAGACCCUGAAGAGCAACUACCACCUUCCAUAGAAUGCUUAGGAACUGUAACAGGAAGAGCAGUGGUACAGCCAAGUAUAUAA